UUGUGUAUCAAAAUAUCUUCCACACAUGGUUAAUGUUCAGAGCGGAAUUGAAAAGAUUUUCGAGCUUAAAGCAUAUGAUUAGCGGAGAUUUUUUCCGGUGUUGUGUAAACCACGUGUAAUCCAAAGUGUUCUAGUAACUAUAAAAUUUCCUUCAGUCAUUUCCACGUGAAGAAAGUUUUUUAGUGUGGCUACUCGUAACCGGGUUCACUAGAACUAGUGCUUUGUGCCGAAGGUAGUGUAAAGGCGGGUGAAAUGGGAAAGACGAAGAAAGGCAGACAGGAAGGCGACUUAGCUGGGUUAGAGGAGAACCACUGUGUGCUUGUUCAGCAGGGGAAGAUGUCGGACAACGAUGCGCGAGAAGGAAAGGAUGAUCGGAAAAAUGAUCCCAAGAAAUCAAAAAAGGUUAAUAAAACGAAAAAGACCACUACGGAGAGCGAUGACGAUGGACCCAAUGAUCUAGUUCCAUCGGUGGCGGAAGCUACAAAAAAAAUGGCGAAAGCUGAUUCUAAUGAUAACAUCGAAACUAAAUCGAAAAAACAAACGGGGGGAGAUAAAUCUGAACCGAUGGGUUUUUCAUUGCUCGCUAUGGAAGAUGACGAAGACGAUAAUGUUGAUGAUGGCCGUGAAUACGACAGUAUAUCGCAGGAAGUACCAGAAGAUUCUUCCGGUGGGCAGCAAAAGAGCGGCAAGGGCAAGAAAUCGAAAGUUGCCAAGAAGGAAGGUCAGAAGAAGCUGGAGCCGGAAUACGAGGAAGUAGGCACUUUAGAGUCCUCUGUUGGAGGGAAGGCUGGAAAGAAAAGUAAAAAGAAGAAAAAAGCCACUGAAGAGGACGACGAGAUCGAGCGAAUGUUGGCUGAAUUGAACAUGGAAUACUCUGGCCAGAAGCAGCCCGAUGAUAAACACAAAUCCACAAUGCCACAACAGCAAGCGGAGAAGAAGGAUAAGAAAAAGAAAAUCGAGGAAGCAACGGAAACAGUUGAUUUAAAGGUGUUUGGAGAUCAAGUUGAAGACACAACUAGCGACAGCAUAUCUUUGAAAACCGCAGGUGAAAAGAAAAAACAUAAAAAAUCCCGCGAGAAACCUACCGUGGAAGAGUCCACCACGACCGAGGAGUCAACGAGAACUGCUCAAAAGGAGCCGAAGAAUGUGCCACAUAAGGAAGCUGAUAGCAGCAGUAGGAAGCAGGAUGAUAUUGCCGUAGAAACGUUAAAUAAAUCGUCAAAAAUAGCAUCUGGGACACCUUCCGAGGUUGUCGAAGGAGUCUCUGAAUCGUCCGCGACCGCAACCGGCGAGAGUAAGAAAAAGAAACCCAACAAAGCGGCCCUUGCAGUAAUGCAAGAACGAUUAAAAGCAAUCCGCGAAGAAGAGGAACGGUUACGCAAGGCCGAAGAAGAAAAAGCGGUACUCGAGGAGCAAGCGGAACUGUUCCGACUCGAGCAGUUACGCUUGGAGCAGGAAAAAAAGGAACAAAAAAAGCAGCGUGAAAAGGAUCGCCGCGAACGAUUAAAGGCAGAGGGUAAAUUGUUGACGUCGAAACAAAAACAAGAUCGCGCUCGGGCACAGGCCAUGCUGGAGGCACUUAAGGCACAGGGAAUUGAAAUUCCGGAAGUUACAGCAGAGAAACGUGUCCGACCAGGCACUCGUAUUCGCCCAAAAAAGAACCAAGAGACAAACGCAGAAUCCGAAUCGAAGGAAUCACCUCUGGCAAUAGCCGAAGGCACAGAGGCAGAUAUUCUUGACAAGGCAGCGUCAAUAGAAAAGCAAGUGAAAGAAUCCUGGGAUGCAUCAGAUAGUGAACACGAGAAAGAAGAAAAGGAGGAAGAGUCACUGAUAGAACGUGCUUCGGGAAGAAAAGCCAUCGAACACAAAAAGCAAACUUCUGUCGACGAAGACGACGAUGAUUAUGCCGAUGAGCAGAACAAAGAUUCCGACGACGACGACGAGGAUGGCGACUCCGAUGAUGAUUUCGACGACGAUGAAGAUUCCGAUUCGGAUUCUGAAGCAGGCGAUCAUAAGAAAGAAGCGGAAAAGAUGCGUCAACGAGCGCUAGACCGUAUUUCAAAGCGCACACAAGAGGCGGAAAAAAAACGAACAUUAGACAACCUACGUGCUGCCGUCGUCUGUGUGCUGGGUCAUGUUGAUACGGGAAAAACGAAAAUUCUCGACAAACUGCGUAGAACGAAUGUGCAAGAUGGAGAAGCUGGAGGCAUUACACAACAGAUCGGAGCAACCAAUGUGCCCGUUGAAAACAUUAAGGAGCAAACGAAAUUUGUCAAAGGUUUUGCUGAUCUAGAGUUUCGUCUUCCCGGAUUACUCAUCAUUGAUACACCCGGCCACGAGUCCUUUAGCAAUCUUCGCUCUCGUGGCUCGUCUCUGUGCGAUAUCGCAAUCCUUGUCGUAGAUAUAAUGCAUGGUCUUGAGCCACAAACGAUUGAAUCGAUCAAUUUGUUAAAGUCCAAACGAACUCCAUUCGUGGUGGCUCUUAAUAAGAUUGAUCGACUGUACGAUUGGAAUACAAUGGCGCGCAAGGAUGUGCGAGAAAUCCUAAAGAGCCAGGCUUCAAAUACACAAUUAGAGUUUACUAAACGAACGAACGAAAUAAUCGUACAAUUCGCAGAACAGGGUCUUAACGCAGCCUUGUUUUAUGAAAACUCCGAUCCAAAAACAUACGUGUCGCUGGUUCCAACGAGUGCAAUCACUGGCGAGGGAAUGGGCAAUCUGCUGUUUCUGAUUGUGCAAUUCUGCCAGAAACAGCUCGCCAAGCGUUUGAUGUAUAGCGAGGAUCUGCAGGCGACCGUACUCGAAGUGAAAGCGAUUCCUGGCCUCGGUACGACGAUCGAUGCAAUUUUAAUUAAUGGAGUAUUGCACGAAGGUGACACGAUGAUCCUGGCCGGAACCGAGGGACCGAUUGUAACACAGAUCAAGGCUCUCCUCAUGCCACAGCCGAUGAAGGAAUUACGUGUGAAGAAUGCGUACAUUGAGCAUCGUGAGGUUACCGCCGCGCAGGGUGUCAAGAUUGCUGCAAAGGACUUAGAAAAAGCUAUCGCUGGGCUAAACCUACAGAUAGCGAUGAAACCGGAUGAGGUGGAAUUUUUUAGAGAGAUAGUAGCUCGUGACUUAAAAUCGGCUCUCAGUAGUAUUAAGUUGAGCGACCGCGGAGUAUACGUGCAAGCAUCAACCCUUGGUUCACUGGAAGCGUUGCUGGAGUUCUUACGAACAUCUAAAAUACCGUAUUCUGGCAUUCGAAUUGGUCCUGUUGUGAAGCGUGAUGUAAUGAAGGCGUCGACAAUGUUGGAGCACGAGAAUCAGUAUGCUACCAUCUUGGCAUUCGAUGUAAAAGUUGAGCGAGACGCACAAGACCUAGCCGACAAUCUGGGCGUUAAAAUUUUUCAAGCGGACAUUAUCUAUCAUCUGUUUGAUAAGUUCAUGGCGUAUCGUGAAGAAAUUAGACUGCGAAAACGUGACGAAUUCAAGUCGAUUGCCGUGUUUCCGUGCAAAUUGAAGAUCCUACCUCAGUUUGUGUUUAACUCGCGUGAUCCUAUCGUGAUGGGUGUUAUUGUAGAAGCUGGAGUCGUUAAAGAAGGCACACCAAUUUGUGUUCCUAGUAAAGAGUUCACGGAUUUGGGCGUUGUAACGUCGAUUGAAGCGAAUCAUAAGCAGUUAGAAACUGCUCGAAAGGGUCAGGAAGUAUGCAUCAAGAUUGAACCGAUUCCGGGUGAAACCCCCAAAAUGUUUGGACGUCACUUCGACGAAACUGAUUUACUAGUUAGCAAGAUUUCUCGUCAAAGUAUUGAUGCGUGCAAAGACUACUUCCGCGAUGAUCUUCUAAAAUCCGACUGGACAUUAAUGGUGGAAUUAAAAAAAACCUUCCAGAUACUGUAACUGGUGUAUUCAAAAACAUCUUUUCGUCAU